UCUCUGUCCGUCACAGCGUUUGUGCUUCUCUCUCUCCGUCUCUCUCUCUCUCUACCCCUCUCUGCUUUCCGCUUCAGUGGUUUGGUUGAGGAAGAAGAAGAUGCAGGCCGUCUCGAGGCGAUUAGGGCACAACUCCUCGGCUUAUCCCUCGCUCAAAUCAAUCUACCCUCUCUGCGAUUACCAUGGGUCUGACAAUCCUCGUUUCGGAUCCACACUUGCUCCCAAGGGCGUCGGGCACCUAGUCCGCAAGGGCACUGGCGGGAGAUCCUCCGUCAGUGGCAUUAUUGCUACAGUGUUUGGUGCAACUGGCUUUCUUGGUAGAUAUGUGGUACAGCAACUUGCCAAAAUGGGAUCACAAGUUUUGGUUCCUUUCCGCGGUUCCGAGGAUUCUCAACGUCAUCUAAAGUUGAUGGGGGAUUUGGGGCAGAUUGUACCUAUGAAGUAUAACCCCAGAGAUGAAGAUUCUGUAAAGGCAGUGAUGGCUAAAGCUAAUGUUGUUAUCAAUCUCAUUGGGAGAGAGUAUGAGACAAGAAAUUAUAGCUUUGAGGAAGUAAACCAUUCUAUGGCCGAACAACUUGCAAUGAUUGCGAAAGAACAUGGUGGUAUUAUGAGGUUCAUUCAAGUUUCUUGCUUGGGGGCGUCUUCUUCAUCCCCAUCUAGACUGCUAAGAGCCAAAGCUGCUGCUGAGGAAUCUGUUUUAAGAGAAUUGCCUGAGGCAACUGUCAUGAGACCUGCUGUUAUGAUCGGUACAGAGGACAGGAUUCUUAACCGUUGGGCACAGUUCGUCAAGAAAUAUACCUUUGUUCCACUCAUUGGUGAUGGGUCCACCAAAAUCCAGCCGGUAUAUGUAGUAGAUGUUGCUGCUGCUAUUACCGCAGCAUUAAAAGAUGAUGGCAGUAGCAUGGGUAAAGUAUACGAGCUUGGAGGUCCUGAAAUCUUCACUGUUCAUGAAUUGGCUGAGCUUAUGUUUGAUAUGGUUCGUGAGUGGCCUCGAUACGUGAAGGUUCCUUUUCCCAUAGCCAAGGCAAUUGCAACACCACGGGAGGUUUUACUGAAGAAGGUUCCAUUCCCCUUGCCCAACCCUGACAUCUUCAAUCUUGACCAGAUCAAUGCACUCACCGUUGAUACCGUUGUGUCUGACAAUGCUUUGACAUUCAAUGACCUUGGGAUCGUGCCACAUAAACUGAAGGGCUACCCCAUCGAAUUUCUCAUCUCAUACCGGAAGGGUGGGCCAAAUUUUGGUUCCACUGUCAGUGAGAGGAUCAGUCCUGAUGCAUGGCCUUGAGUUGUUUCCAGUUGCUCUCUCUCAAAUGCUUUUAGGAGAAAAUACUGCUGGCCUGAUAUAAUCUUGGAACAGGUUUUAUGGGUAUAUUCAUUAUCUGUGAACAUGACUGAACAGAUUUUGAGUGCAAGGGCCCAUGUCCUCCCUCUUUUUAAGUUAAUAAGGAUCGGGCAACUUGAUCUCUUGUAUGAUUCGAUUGAGCUUCAUAUUCCAGUAAAAUGUGGAUUAUUUCCAAGCCCUA